GAGAGUAGUGGCGUUUGUGUUGCCAACACACAACUCAUUAUUACAAUGACUUCAUAUCUCUUUGCUUUCUUCCUUGUCCUCCUUGUCUUGCUCCCUCUCAAAUCUCAAUCUUUUGCAGACACUACAUCGUGGGUGAAGGCUGGUUAUUACUAUUCUGGCAGUGAAAUAUCUGCUUCAGACAUAAAAGCCACCCUUUUCACUCACCUUUUAUGCGCUUUUGCUUUUAUAAACACCACCAACUAUAAGAUCUUUAUCAACUCUUCGGAGGAGCACAAGUUCUCAAGCUUUACCAACACAGUGAAGCUCCAAAACCCAUCUGUUUCAACGCUUCUAUCCAUCUGGGGUGGCAGAGAGAAUUCCUCAGUUUUUUCCUCAAUGCUAAACCAAUCUUCUUAUAGGGAAAAUUUCAUUGAUUCUUCGAUUAGAACAGCCAGGUUAUAUGGGUUUCAAGGUAUAGACCUUACUGGGGCAUGGCCAAGUUCGGACCUUGCCAAUUUUGGAACCCUUUUGAAGGAGUGGCGAGCUGCAAUAACUUCUGAGGCAAGAAACUCUAGCAAGUCAGAGUUAAUCUUGGUGAUGGCAGGUUACUACCUUAAAGCUUCGGACCCCUUGAGUUACCCUUUUGAUUCAAUGCAGAUGAACUUGGAUUGGGUCAACUUUGUGGCAUAUGAUUACUAUCUUCCUAGAAAGGACAAUGUCACGGGUUUUCAUGCAGCUUUAUAUGGUCCCUCUGGUUGGGAUAAUACUGAUUCUGGUAUCAAAGAGUGGAGGAGGAGGGGAUUUUCGUCUAUGAAGCUGGUAAUUGGCUUGCCUUAUCAUGGAUAUGCAUGGAAACUUGUGAACCGAGGAAACAAUGGCGUUGGAACACCAGCAUCAGGACCUGCCAUUACAAUGGACGGUUCCAUGGCUUAUAAGUUCAUAAAGAGUUACAUUAGAAGCUUUGGAGAUGGUGUUGUUUCACAUUAUAAUGCUACUUUUGUGGUGAAUCACUUCACAGUUGCAUCCACCACUUGGGUUAAUUUUGAUGAUGUGGAGGUAAUCAGGGCCAAAGUUUCUUAUGCAAAGAAAAAUGGGCUACUUGGUUACAACGUGUUCCAAGUGGGCAAUGAUGAAAAUUGGGUCCUUUCAAGGGCAGCUCAAGAAAUAGGUGAAGAACAUCAUAAGAGGAGGUUGCUGAUAAUUGUUCUGCUUACAACUGUGACUGUCGCGCUUCUAUUGGGAAUAGUAUUUUGCUACUACCACCGAGGAAUAGUAGCCACUGUUACCAGAAUAGUACAUAAACUAAGGAGAUAUUUAUCAGCAGCUGACGAGGAUCUCGAUGGAAAUGCUUCUGAUCUGAUAGUAUUUAGUUAUUUCACAAUUAAAGUGGCAACAAAUAACUUCUCAAAAGAUAAUAAGCUUGGAGAGGGUGGAUUUGGCACAGUUUACAAGGGAAAAUUACGGAAGGGACAGGAAAUAGCUGUAAAAAGACUCUCAGAAACCUCAAAUCAAGGCCUUGAAGAGUUCAAAAAUGAGAUCACACUUACAGCAAGACUACAGCAUGUGAAUUUAGUUAGACUUCUGGGAUACUGUAAUAAAAGGGAUGAGAAGAUUCUGAUCUAUGAAUACCUGCCAAACAAAAGCUUAGAUCGUUUCCUUUUUGAUCCAAGGAAAUCAAUUCUUUUAGACUGGAGCAAGCGUGUCAAUAUCAUAGAAGGGGUUACUCAAGGCCUUCUUUAUCUCCAAGAGUAUUCAAAUUUUACUAUAAUCCACCGAGAUCUUAAAGCUAGUAAUGUAUUGUUAGAUCAUGAGAUGAACCCCAAGAUAUCAGAUUUUGGUAUGGCUAGAAUUUUCAGGAAAUAUGACCUUGAAGCAAACACAAGCAGGAUCGUUGGAACAUAUGGGUAUGUACCUCCUGAGUAUGUGAGAAAAGGCAUAUACUCAACCAAGUACGAUGUUUAUAGUUUUGGAGUUCUUCUCUUGCAAAUCAUAAGCGGAAAGAAGACUUCAUGUUAUUAUGGCACGCAUGAAAAUAUGAACCUUUUAGAAUACGCAUAUGAGCUGUGGAAAACAGGAAGAGGUGUGGAGUUUUGUGACCCUUCAUUGGAUGAUACAACAUCACCUUGUAAAAUCAUGAGAUGCAUGCAGGUGGCUCUUUUGUGCGUUCAAGAGAACUCUGCAGAUAGACCUUCCAUGUUAGAAGUUGAUUCACUGCUCAAGAAUGAAGCUGCAGCUAUUGGUACUCCUAAAAUGCCUGGUUUUUCAAUAAAGAAAAAUGAAAAAGAUGAGGAAGAUACAUCUCACUGCGGGAACAAAUUUUCUUCAAUCAAUGAUGUUACAAUUUCCCAACUGGCACCAAGAUAGGACAUUCUAGUACUUAAAUAUGAAUCAAGGUACUAGAGACUGAGUUAACCGGUUAACUGUUAUUAUUAGAGAAUGUGGAUAGAGAAUGAUAAAAUGAUAACCCUUGAUUUGUCUAUAUAUAUAAAUGGUUGAAAUUCUCUCAUACUGCUUGAUCAUGUUAAAUCACAUGAGAGGAUUCAUUCCCAAAAAUGUGAUAUCUGGUUUAGGCCUUGAUCUCCAUAUGCCUAUUAGUUGAAGGGUCAUUACUAAAAAUAUUGUUCACCUUAAUGUCCCCAACCUACACAUGAAAUAGGAUAUAUUGUAUUAUCUUAGAUCUCCUUGUCUAACACGGAAGAUAGUGCUUUGUGAUUGGAAAAUCAUUGUCACAUAUUCUCUGACGACUGAGGAAAAACCAUCGUUCUUUUUGGGAAUGUAGCCGUUGUAUAAAUGUCAGUGAGUAUUAUUAUAUGGUAAUAUGUACAAGACUUUUCUGCCAUGGAGUUCAUGGGCAUGUGUCACGGUUUAGACUAAAUUUGA